UCACCGUGCGGCGGCCUGGUGCUCGCCACGGUGCCCGCGAGCGUCGUCGCCCUCCCGCCGCUCACCAUUUCCAGCGGCCUCGUCGACCUCCAGGGCCCUCCACAGCAGAUGAUGAGCCUCUCCGACAGUGUCGGGCGGCUCGCUCGCGCGCGGGCUCCAGAGCAACCGGUCAACUUUGCCGGCCAGCACCAGUUCAGUUCAUCGCCGGACACGCCCGCGCGCGGACAAGGCGAGCACCGGCGUGCUCCUCAAGACAACCUCGUCAAGAGCGGCAGCAGCUGGGGGCCGGCGACCGUCGCAGGCGGUGCCAUGGCCACCGAGACCGUCGCCGCACCGCCGCCAGCUGCUCGUCUCUUCGGCCAGAUGGCCAAGUCGGCCAGCUCUGUGCUCGUGAUGCUCAGCGUCUCCAACAACGUGCUCUCGACUCGACUCAACGAGCAGGCCGCGAUCAGCGCGACUCCAGCAGCGGCAGGCACCCUGGCCCUCGGCGGCAGCGGUUCCUCUACAACGGUCUCCUCUGUUGAGCAGAGCGUGCUUGUGUGGUGA